GUGUAACAGUUGUUCCAAAGGAAUAAGUUAUUAGUGAGAUAAUUGAAAUUUGACUUUGUUAUUUAGUGACAUUGACUACAUGGGUAUAGUUACACAUACGAAGGUUUUUAGCAGAAGUGUUUUGUUACAUCCUUGGCCUUGAACGCAAUGAAGUCAAUCAGCUUGGCAUUCACUUUACUUAUAGCACUAGCGCAUACCGCUAAUGCUCUCAACAUUCUAGGUAUAUUUCCGUAUCAUGGAACUAGCCAUUUCUUGGUGUUCCGCGUCUAUCUUCUAGGACUCGUUAAUAAAGGCCAUAAUGUUACCGUUAUAUCGCAUUUUCCGGAAAAGAAUCCGCCGCCUAAUUAUCACAGUAUCAGCUUGGCGGGAACCUUAGAAAUACUCAAAGAUGAUAUGCCGAUAGAAAAAUCAUAUAAAACCAUCUUCAACACAGGACUAUUCUUAACGUCCACCGGUAAGGAGAACUGUGAAGUGAUGCUCAAGAACAAAAGAGUGCGUGAUUUAGUCGAUUCUAAAGCUAAAUUCGAUGUGAUAAUCAUUGAGCAAUUCAACAGCGACUGCGCAUUCGGCAUUGCAUACAAACUGAACGCCCCCGUAGUCGGCAUGAUGUCUCAUAUACUAAUGCCUUGGCAUUAUAGGAGACUAGGCAUCCCAUACAACACCGCCUACGUGCCUUUUCACUUCUUAGAAGGAGGUUCUAAGCCUACGCUAUACCAAAGAAUAGAAAGACUAUUAUUCGAUGUUUACUUCAGAACUCUUUACUAUUUUGUAACGCAAAGAAGCGACCAGAAGACCCUCGCUCAGUACUACGAUGAUAUUCCGCCUUUGGAAGAUUUGGCUAGAGAGAUGAAGUUCCUCCUUGUGUACCACAACUUUGUGCUAACUGGGUCCAGGCUUUUCCCGCCUAAUGUAAUUGAAGUCGGCGGUUACCAUGUCGCACGGGCAAAAUCUUUAGCUGGCGCUUUGAAGACAUUCGUUGAAGGAGCGAAACAUGGUGUAGUUUAUAUAAGCUUCGGAUCCGUGCUCAACCCAACCUCGCUGUCUCCUGAGAAGGUGCAGGCCAUUUUGGACGUGAUGGCUCAACUGCCGCAAAGGUUUAUCUGGAAAUGGAGUAACAAGACUUUAGCUGUGGCUCAGGAUAAACUUUACACUGGCAAUUGGCUGCCUCAGAUUGAUAUUUUGGGUCAUCCAAAUACAUUGGCCUUUUUCUCCCAUGCCGGGAUGGGUGGCACAACUGAAGCCAUACAUUACGGCGUCCCAAUGGUCGCCAUGCCAGUUUUGGGCGACCAGCCAGCAAAUGGAGCCGCCAUAGAAGAAAGCGGACUAGGCGUACAAGUUCAAAUAAGGGAUUUAAAUAAAGAAAAUCUACUGGCAGCAUUCCGAAAAGUUUUAGAUCCCAAGUUCAGAGAAAAAGUGAAGCAGAUUUCUAAAGCCUGGCAUGAUCGACCAAUGCGUCCGCUAGACACAGCAAUCUACUGGACCGAGUACGCAGCUAGGCAUCGUAACUUUACAUUCAGAGCUGCGGCAGCCGACACACCUCUAUACCAACAUUUCUAUUUAGAUAUUAUAGGAGUAUUGGUUAUCUCCUUAUAUGUUAUAGCAAAAGUUUUCAGUUUGUUAUUAGGUUUAUGCAAUUCGAAGGCAAGUGUAAAAAAUGUCAAAACAAUUGACAAAAAGACAAGUAAGAAGUCAAAGCGUGAAUGACAACACGUUUUUCACAGAAUAACGCAGUAGCAUUAAGUAGGUUCAUUAACAUCUUAAAACGAAACGAAAAACGGAAAUUAAUUUAUGUCUCUCUAUCGUAUAAUAUGCUUCCAUGUGAUAGAGGGCAGAUACAACGAAUUUUCGAUUUUCGUUUCUCGCGGUAGACUCUCUGGCAUCUCAAGGAUUAGUAAUAUUAAUGUAUUUUGAAUCAUUGUGAUCUGAUUGUGAUGUAAGUACUCGAAAUAUCAUCAUCAUCAUCAUCAUCUCAGCCUAUAUACGUCCCACU